AUGGUGAAAACGACGAUGAUUGGGAGGGUCUCUGACGGCCUCCCUUUGGCUGCAAGUAUGGACGAUCAGCAGGUGGAGACAGAAUUAGCUGAUUACAAGGGACAAGCGAAGACUGUCUUUAAACGUCUCAAUGCAAACUCUGAACCGAGAUGCUCCAUUGAAUCUGGCAACUACGUUUUACACUAUAUCAUUGAAGGAAGUGUAUGCUAUCUUUGCAUUUGUGACAAGUCCUAUCCACGUAAAUUAGCGUUUAGUUACCUUGAGGAACUUGCUAAAGAAUUCAAUAUGAGCUACGGUAACGAAGUGGAGAAGCCAGGUCUACGACCCUAUGCAUUUGUGAAAUUCGAUACAUUCAUGCAAAAGACAAAGAGAAUUUAUCAAGACACACGAACACAAAGUAAUCUCACCAAGUUAAACGAGGAUCUGCAAGAUGUAACGCGUAUUAUGACGAAAAACAUGGAGGACUUGCUUUGGAGAGGUGACAGCUUGGAUCGUAUGAGCCACAUCUCUGGAGAGCUGAAAGACAGUGCAAAGAUGUUCAAAGACAAAGCACGUCACCUUAACUUACAAGCACUCUAUCGCAAAUAUGGACCACCUGUUAUUAUUGCCUCUGUCAUUUUGUUCGUGCUGCUGAUUCGGUAUUACUGGUUUUAA